AUGGGGAAGUCCCAGAAAGAGAAGCCAGACGAGAAUGGGAAUGCGGUCUCCACUGCCCCCAAGGCACCCGAUGGUGCUGCCUCAUCAGGGCAAAGAGCCUUGCAGGAACAAAUGAUUCAGAUGCAUCUGAGGUCGCAACAGGAGGAUAUGAAGAAGACGUAUGCCUUCUGGGAGACACAGCCUGUUGCCCAAUUCACAGAGGAUGCCAGCACAUCCCAGACUUUGGAGGAGGGUCCAAUAGAUGCGCCAAAGACAAUAGCAGACGUUCGGCCGGAGCCUUACAACCUGCCAGCUGGGUUUGAGUGGUCAACGUGCGAUGUCAACGACAAAAAGACAGUCGAAGAGGUGUAUCAGCUGCUCACCAUGAAUUAUGUGGAGGACGAUGACAACAUGUUCAGGUUCAAGUACUCCCAGGAGUUUUUGAAGUGGGCGCUGCAGCCGCCAGGCUGGCAGGCGGACUGGGUGCUGGGGGUGCGAGUGAGUGGCAGCCGCAAGCUCGUGGCGUUCAUAACAGGCGUUCCUGCAAGCAUGCGCGCGCGGCAGGCCACAAUCAGCAUGGUCGAGAUCAACUUCCUGUGCGUGCACAAGAAGCUUCGCCAGAAGCGGCUUGCGCCCGUGCUCAUAAAGGAGAUCACGCGGCGGGUGAAUCUGCGAGGCAUCUGGCAGGCGGCCUACACAGCGGGAGUGCUGCUGCCCAAGCCGGUGGCGACUGCGCAGUAUUGGCACCGCUCUCUCAACCCCAAAAAGCUCAUCAGCGUCGGCUUCUCCCGCCUCGCGCCGCGGAUGACGAUGGCGCGGACGCUGAAGCUGUUCAAGCUGCCAGAGCAGACGCAGACGCCCGGGAUCAGACCGCUGGAAGAAAGGGAUGUGGAGCAGGUGACGGAGCUGCUCAGAGUGUAUCUGGCAAAGUUUGAGCUGGCGCCAGAGUUCACCAAGGAGGAGGUCUGGCACUACUUGGAACCGCAGGAAGGGGUCAUCGAUGCGUAUGUAGUGGAGGGACCAGACGGCACGGUGACGGACCUGGCGAGUUACUACACGCUGCCGAGCACCAUCAUAGGGAACACGCAGUAUGACACGCUCAAGGCGGCCUUCAUGUACUACACCGUGGCUGCCAAAACCCCCCUUCCGCAGCUCAUGCAGGACCUCCUUGUGCUCGCCCUCCGCAAGGGACAUGAUGUCUUCAAUGCCCUGGACAUUUUUGACAACGAGACCUUCUUGAAGGACCUCAAGUUUGGCAUCGGCGACGGGCGGCUGCGCUACUACCUGUACAACUGGCGCCUGAAGGAGGAGCUCAAGGCCGAGCAGAUUGGCCUCGUGCUGCUCUGA